AACAAGAAAGGUAUCAAGACCCUCAAAAACAAGAAGCAAUAGAAAAAAUGAGGCAAAAACAAAUAAAACAAAUAUUAUUUAAAGCUAAUGAAGUAUUGUUCAAGUACCAGAAAUCACCUUUCACAGCUUCAA